AUGAACGGCCAAGCCGCAUUCCAUCAUUUCGUCGACUUAACGGAGAUUCAUAAUCAAACUCAAGCUCAUGUACUUGCAGCAGCGGAACCCGAUCUAGGACAGUGCAUCGCCUGCCUGGAUGAGAUGCCCAUGAAGGGCCUUGUUGCGACACGUUGUCCACUCCACCGGAUGUGCAAGCCAUGCCUCACCGCGCGACUCAACAGGGCUCUCAAGUACGAGAUCGAUCAUCCCGUCUACUGCUGUUUCCCUGAGUACGCGAUCCGCAUCGACGACGUCAAGGAGCACUUUCCGCCUAAGUUCAUCCAAGAAUACAAAGCGAAAACUGCUGAGUAUAACACGGCACCCCAGAAUCGCGUCUACUGCGCCGCGCCCAGUUGCUCGGCGUUCCUCCAGGAAUCUGCGGCCGUGGAUGCCACUGGCAAGGGUUCCGACUUGUUCACGUAA